AAUAUAAUUAUUUUGUUCAAAAUCUUAUAUUCAAUAUUUGAAAUUAAACAAAAAAAAAACAAAACAAGCGAAAUAAAAGGAUAUUAAAAUGAGGCCUCCAUCAAAAUUUUCAAAUUCAAAUGAGGAAAACUCAACGAAUAAUCAAAAUAGUGAUAGAGAAAAUCGUGAUCGAAUAACUCAAAGACUUACAGAAAAUGGUGCAAAGUUAGCUUUCCCAAUAAAAAUUGGAAAAGAUAUUGUACGUGUUGUAAGUAGAUGUGAAGAUGCAGGUGAAAACAGUAAUUUGGAUCUUUCAGAAUGUCAACUCAUUCAAGUUCCUGAUGCUGUUUAUCAUCUCAUGAGGAAUACAGAAUUAACAACGUGCGACUUAAGCUCUAAUGUUAUUUCCAAGAUCCCACCUAAAUUCGUUAUAAAGUUCAGUUUACUCACAGAUUUAAAUCUAUCGCAUAACCACAUGUCUAAACUGCCUGAUGAACUUUGUGACCUAAAUUUACUUCAAACUUUAGACAUUAGUUUCAACUCUUUUAUCACUCUACCUCCUUGUGUCUUCAAGAUGAAGAGGUUAAGAGAAUUGAAGGCUAGCGACAACCAAAUAAUAGAAGUUGACUCUGAUGAGAUGAUUGUUUCGGACUCUCUUGAAGUAGUGGACCUCCGUAAUAAUCCAUUGACACCAUCGUUUCAUACAUGGAUUAAAAAUCUAAAGCCGCAAUUAUCAUACAACGUUCUGCUUUCUGAAAGGGAGCUAGAGGAUUGGGAAGACUUGAAAAUCUAGCGAUAAAUAAACAUUGUUUGGUUUUGUGUUUGUGUGUUUUU